CGAAAAGUUGUGUUCGUCUCUAACCUAGAAAGCAACAGCCCAAAGGUCCACAAAACUUCGUUUCCUCAUAAGAGAUUUUUUCUAAAAAGUAUGUGAUAGAAACGACAAAAUUAGUAAAGUCAUUCGAUAGUCAAAAAUAUUGAAAAUGUACAUUCGGGUUAGUGCAACUUGGUUGGAGGACAAGGAGAGACAUGAGAGUCUACUUUCUUUGCCUCAAACAACCCCCAUCGAAGAUCUUAGAAAAAUGGUCCAAGAAAAAACUGGAGUAGAUCCUGGGCAACAGCGACUGUUUUAUCGGGGCAAAGAGCUAUGUGAAGGACACAUUUUAAAUGACUACUCAGUUCUACCUAAUGAUGUCAUCCUUCUUGCAAAACGGAUUAUUCCAGUUGAGGAUAAACAAGACGAUGAACCAAUUUUAACGAAAGAGUCCCAGGCAGAGGAGGGGGAUAAAUUAAUUCCUGCAAAGUCAGAAUACUACUCUACAGGUGACUAUGUCGAUGCUAAAGACUUGGAUUAUGGAUAUUGGGUUGAAUCUAGAAUUGUAGGGAUAUUUAAAAAUGAAGAAGAAGCACUUGAGGAGGAUUUUAUUUUCAAAGUAAAGAGAGCAGAGCAUGUUUUUCCUCUUCAAUAUGAGAUGGAUGUUAAAUUUAAGGAUAUCCGUCCUGCAAGCUAUUAUAUUUAUAAAAUUUCCGAGCUGGAACCAGGCAUGACUGUACUGACCAAUUGUAAUAUCGAUUCCCCAAAUGAACUUGGUGAUUGGUAUGAUUUGCUUAUAGAAAAAAUAGGAAGAACUCGUAUUUCUGGAACUGUAGUAAUGGGAAAUGGAUCUGUUGAAAAUUUUGAUGUUAAAUCUAAUCAAGAGUUUAUGAGAAUUGAAAAAGCAGAUAUACGUAGAGAACACAUCCCUAAAAUUCAUAAAAGAAAAUACCCAUACCUUUGUAAAAUCUGCAAAGACAACCUCGAAGUUGAAUGCAAAAUUUGCAGUUGCAGUAUGUGUGGAGGGAAAGAUGAUUGGGACCAGAUUCUAUUGUGUGAUGAGUGUGAUAAAGGUUUCCACUUAUCAUGUGCAGAUCCGCCGAUGAAAACAGUGCCAGAUGGUGACUGGUAUUGCAGUUCCUGCAGAACUGAUACGUCAGAGAUAGUCCAACCUGGACAAAAAUUAAAAAUCACUAAAAAAAAACCUAGCAUGAACACCAAAAAAAGAAAUUGGGGUACAGGUAUGGCCUGUGUUGGUGUGCAGGAGCGCAACGAUAUAGUUCCAAAAAAUCAUGUUGGUCCUGUUCCUGGCAUAGAAGUAGGAACAUGUUGGAAGUUCAGAGCAGGGGUUGCUUCAGCGGGUGUUCAUAGACCUAUGGUCGCUGGAAUUCACGGUCAAUCGUCAGACUGUGCUUACAGCGUAGUGUUGUCGGGAGGUUACGAAGAUGACGUUGAUAAUGGCAAUGAGUUUUACUAUACCGGUGCUGGAGGACGAGAUUUGAAAGGAAACAAACGGACGAACAAGCAAUGCUUUGAUCAAACCCUUACCAGAACAAAUCGAGCUCUGGCUUCAAACUGCUACGCGAAAUUGAAUAGCCGUGAAGGUGCAACAUCUACCGAUUGGAAAAAGGGCCAACCUGUACGAGUUGUGCGAAGCUAUAAGUUAGGCAAACAUUCCGAGUAUGCACCAAAGGAGGGGUUCAGGUAUGAUGGCACCUAUAAGGUUGUCAAGUACUUUCAACAGAGAGGCCAGUCUGGACAUAUGGUCUGGAGAUAUUUGUUACGCAGAGACGAUCCAGCUCCUGCACCAUGGGAAGAAGGUGGACAGACUUUUGACAUAAUCUAUCCAGAAAAUUAUCUAGAAAGCCAGGAAGAAAAGAAGAGAAUGGAAGAAGAGAAAAUUAAAAUCAAAGGAGCGCCCAAAAAUCCACAGGAAAAAAGGAAAAGAACAAGUGACAGUACUGAUUCAGAUGUGACAGCAAAAAAACCAAAGUACAGUGCCUAUAAAUUAAAUUCUACUGCUUUGAAGGCCAUUAACGAUGAUACGGUUAACAAACAAUUAUGGCUCGAAUGUCAGGAGGUCGCUCAAGAAGGUCAAAAAAAAUUCACAGACAAAGUCAAGGAAGCGUUUAUCUGUAUCAUUUGUAGAAGUCUUGUCUAUGACCCAGUCACAUUGAAAUGCAGUCUUAAUAUAUGCUUGAGAUGCUUGAAGGACUCCCUCAAGCACUGCGAUACUGAAGAUUUUCAUUGUCCCCAUUGCCGAGAGAUUCUAGGCAAGGCCGUCACAUUUGUUGAAAAAGUCCAGGAAUUCAGAAACGAUAAGUUGAAGACAGCUCUAAAUAUAUUAUUUCCUGGAUAUGGAAAAGCGUAAUCUAGAGAAUUUAAGCAUUAAAAAUGUGUGCCAUAGGCUAUUUGUUCUUUGUUUUUAUUUAAUUUCAUUUUUAUGUUUAUUCCUUGAUGUUUAUUUUGUAACCGUGUUUUGACUCAAAAUAAUAGCGUUUUGGAAGCAUUGAUAAAGCUUGAGACAGCUUUAACUGCCGGGAAUAUCUUAAUCUAUAGCAUUUGAGCUUUGAAAAUGUGUGCAAUAGGCUAUUAUUUGUUAUUUUUGUGAUUUCGUUUUUAUUUUUCGUUACUACGGUAUCAUUUUGUAGCUGUGUUUUGACUUAGAAGAAUAAGUUUAUUAUUUUUAGGACGAGAAGCUCGAGACUGCUUGAUCUAUAGAAUUCUACCUUCAAAAAUGUGUUCCGUAGGCUAUUUGUUGUUUUUUUUAAAAUUUUUAUUUUUAUUUUUCGGUACUAUGGUAUCAUUUUGUAGCUGUGUUUUGACUGAAAAUACAUUUAAUAUUUUUGAGGCCAGAACCUUGCGACAUCUUCAAUGGCUUGGGAUAGUUUAAUCUAUAGAAUUUGAGAUUUUAAAAUGGUCAGCCAUUUUAUGUAUUUCAUUUGGUUUCUAUUUUUCGUUAGUUGUAGCAAUGUUUUGACUUGAAAUAAGCGUGUUUAUAAAGUUCAUUAUUUUUAAGACUAGAUGCUUGAGACAGCUCCAAUGACUUAGAACUUAGUUUUAGGAAAUGUUGAAAUGAUACAUAUAUUAACUUUAGUUUACCAUUGCAUUAUUUUGUAACAGAGUUAUUUUUAGUUUUAAAAAUUUAUUUGAAACAUAAAAACAAAUUAUUAUUAUAGACCUAGUUGGCCAAUUUAAGUGAAAAAUUGCAUGUAACUAUGAAACUGUGAUCCAGAUAUUGAACUGAUCUCUCCUGAUAUUGAUCUAAUUAUAAUUAAGGUUUAAUGAACUUGUGCCAAAGGCAAUUUGUUUUUUUUUUUGCAGACAGCUUUGAAAACUGCUAGUCGC